UUAUUCAUCUUUCUUCUGAUCUUCCCAGCAGGUUCAAGCCAGGUUUCUGCUAGCUGAACAAAACAAGCAGAUGAGCCAUGGAUAACAACGAGAUACAUGCUGAGUUCUGCUACACUUCUAACUCUAGCAUUGAGUGUGAGACUAGAGCCCCAUGGGGAAUUGAACUUGACCCUAGAAGAGCUGUGAAUCAAGGUGAUCAGUGUCAUAACCGUGGCAGCAUUGGCCAGAUUAAGGAGCAGGAGCACUUCUGCUUCUUCCAGACUUGCCGAUGUCACAAAUGUACAUUCUUCUCGGGAUGCCGUAGAAUUUGGCCUACUGAAAGUACCUUGAAGAUGGAGCAGGAAAUGUACCUAAAUGGGCACCUGACUGAAGGAUCGAUACAGAGUGGGCCUGCCCCUCUCCAAACUGACAACCAUGUUCAGAAGUCAGUCGUUCAAGCAGGAGUCACCAGCAAGGUCCCAAGAGAUUCUGCUGAUGACUCAUUCCCCAGAAUCUUUGUCUCUGCUCUGGAUUCCAGCACCCUUGAAGAAGCAACUAACAAUUUUUCUUAUCAGGAAACCCCAGAGACCCUCUGCAUUGCUCCUCAUGAUCUCAACGCUUCUGACCAGGACAUUGCUGCCUUAGAGUGGCAGCGAAAGCUGGAGGCGGCUGAGGCUCUGCUGACUCUGAGAAACUCUUUCCAGGAUCCUCCUGAAUCCGUCUCUGUGCUGCAGCCCAGCCCUGCAUCAGUUUCUGCUGAAGAUAAAGAGGUUCAGUCUACCAGCCCCUGUCUCCGACCCAGACUGGCCAGUUCUGUUUCUCUGCCCAUUGGGCAUCUGGGAUGUAUCUCCCUCUUGAGCUAAACACCCAGAGGAAGAGGCCUUGCUAAUGUAUUAACUACUUGGUAUCCUACUUAGAAGUCUGCAAAAUGUUUAAUGGCAAAAAAAUGUUUAGCAUCUUUUUAAAAAUUAAGCCAUUAGAUUUGUUCAUUUUAUAAGUUUUGAAACCUUUUGUUUCAUUGUCCUGGGAAAUUUCUUGACUGAGGAUGGAUAUUCUUGUAACUCCACCCAUCAUUCCUUUGGAUGCUGGGGUCGUUUUAGGUUGCAUAUAAAAAGAGUUGUACCAUAUGGUUUCACUUACAUGUAGUAUAUAUAUAAAAAGAGAAGAGCUAAAUAAAACUUUUGAACUCUAAAACCAAUUAGUGGUUACCAGUAAAGAAGGGAGGAUCAUUGGGACAAAGAGGAGAAAUGUAUGGUAAAGGAUAGAAUUGGAUUUUACAUACUACAUUUACAUAGUAUGUAUACAUGCAGAUUUUCAGUGAUGCAUGCCUAAUCUUAUAUGUUACAAUUUAAUGUUACUUCAAUAAAAAUAAAUGAAAAAACAAAUUUGCACAA